AAGGUAUCGUCAAUACAAGUAACGUUAAUGCACAUGUCGCUCGAACGCAUCACGACACCCCCUUCGGAGGACCCUGCGCCCGAUGACAUCAUUAAAACAUGUUCCUUCCGUCCGACGCUGUGUGGAGCUGCUUCGGCCGAACGUGAACUGCGAGCGAGCCAGGAGACAAAAGCAACAAAGUGAACCCCCCCUCCGGAUCAAUCAAAUGUGUCAUAUUUAACCGUUUGGGAGCCGAAAACCCAGCGAUCCCACCGCCGCACUUCACGGUUGGUGUGUGUGGAGAGUUGGGACUACUUCAGUCAUAAAUGGAGAGGGACAAGCAGGCCCCCUGUGUCCCGGACAGCCACCCGCUAUUGACGACACCUGCUUGAGAGCUGCAGUGCCGAUGACUACACCUGAAAACACUGAUUACUUUUGACAACGCAGACCUGACUAUUCUACCGAAACCCUUGGGCUGCUGCCAUGGAUGGGGAGGAAGAGGUGUCUCGCAUGAGUGAGGAUAUGGUCAGUGAACCUAAUGGCCCCGUGGAAAGUAAAAAACGAGAGGCCAAAGGGACCUGUCUCAAAAUUGAGGGCCAGGAUGGCUACGUUUUUAAAUCCUACAGCAUCAACCCACAUGAGGCUGCGGAUGAAAAGUCACCUGCAAGCUCCUCAAUAACACUGGAUAAAGACUCUCCCCCUUCUCCCUCUUCUCCCCCAUUAUCUCCUCAGGAUGACAAAGAGUUGGAGUCGGACAAAGCAAGUGAGACUGAUCCAACUUCUUCCCCCCCUUCAAACAAAUGCCUAAACACUGAUACCGAGGGAAACCCGGAUAACGAAAGUUAUGAAAACGGGAAAGAAGAAAUUCUGCAUAUCAAAGAGGAGCCCGGAGAUGCAAAUGGACUGGAGGAGGAGGAAGAGGAAACCCCGGACGAUGAAGGGCUCGGGUUUGGCAGCUCUGUUGGCCCGUUUGUAACGAGAGAUGGUGACGAUUAUAGUAAUUUACUAAGUGGAUACACGAGCACCCUUUAUGAUGUCGCCAUGGACGCCGUCACUCAGAGCCUUCUGUCAUCUAUGAGGAGUAAUACCAACCCGAGAAAAAAGUCCCCUGCAUGGAAUCAUUUCUGUAUAUCGCCGCGAGACAGUACCAAAGCAAUCUGUUUAUACUGCAUGAAAGAGUUCAGCCGGGGGAAGAACGAGAAAGACCUCAGCACAAGCUGUUUGAUGAGGCACGUACGAAGGGCUCACCCCACUGUGCUUUUACAAGACGGAGCAGACGCAUCCUUAAACAAUCUGAUUGGCUCCCCUGCCUCAUCUUUGAUACCUCCAUCCCCAAGCUCACCAAAAAAUGGAGACUUGACAAACAGCGUUAUUUCUUCUGCCUCACCGUCCACCUCCUCAGCUGAAAAUCCAGACCUGUCCUCCAAAGAAGUGUUGCCCAAAGUCGAACCAAAACUGGAACCGUAUGCCAACAGCGACACCAUUUUCAGCACGCUCUCAUCCUCACAUUCCAAUGACCACAACAACCUUGAAGACAUGUCCGAUGGCGGGCCCGAGCGCCUCCUCGGGACCCCGAAAAGCUCGAGUUCCCGCCGGAGAUCAGCUGUAUGGAAACACUUCUACCUGUCGCCUGCUGACAAUUCCAAAGCAGUAUGUAUCCAUUGCAUGAAUGAAUUCAGUCGGGGCAAAAAUGGGAAGGAUCUCGGGACAAGCUGUCUUAUUCGUCACAUGUGGAGGGCACACAAAGAGGUCGUCAUUGAGGAAAAUGGACAGGGCAACCACAUUCCCCCACCCUACACAAACCCGCCCUCACUACUGUCCCGCACACAACUACAGGAUCCACUGGAAGUGAAAAAAGAAUCGCCCCUUCUUCCAUCCUCCCCCGAAACCACAUCGGAUGAAUUACCCCAAAGCAUGGAUAUAAAAGAGGAAUCUGAUGAGGCGAUGAAUCUCUCAGGGCAGGACUCCUCUUUCAAUCUCGCCUUCAAAACUCAGGGGGAGGACACGCUCCCUACUUUCUCCCUGCACCUCUCUGAGGGCCCGAGCCUCAAUCAGGAUCAUUCGGUUUUCCAGCAAAACAAGAAGAUCAUGAAACGGGUGAAAUCUGAAGUGUGGCACCAUUUCAUAGUGUCGCCGGUUGAGUUAAAAGCACUGUGCCGUUACUGUCCAUGCGUCAUCAGUCGGGGGAAACGGGGCGACUUUGGUACAAGCUGUCUGAUGAGGCAUCUGAUGAGACGCCACCCAGACGUCCUCAAAAACCAAAAAAGCAUAGACGAGAAGGAGUCCUCCCCUCAUCCCUACACCAAUCUCACCGUGACAGACGCAGUUUCAACCAAAGAAACUGAGAGCUCCGUUGGUAAGAAAAAGCCACAAACACUGCCCGCUUUCAGUAAAAAGACAUCAAAACUGUGGAACCAUUUCUCCAUUUCACCCACUGACCCCACAAAGGUGGUUUGUUUGCACUGUGGCCGCACAAUUAGCAGAGGCAAAAAGACUACAAACCUCGGCACAAGCUGCCUCUUCAGGCACAUGCAGAGGUUUCACGGACAUGUUCUUGAAAGUAACAAUGCUAUCUCAGGUGAUGUGCAGUCUGCUGAAAUUCACGUCAAACAAGAGCUCAUGGACACUUCAGUUUUCAACACGGAACAGAACCGCGAGCGGUUCGACGAACACCACCCGGUUGCCAAAAAAAUCACCAAACUUAUCGCAGAAAUGCUCGCACUGGAUCUUCAGCCAUCAGCCGUGGUGGAGAACGCUGGUCUGAACCGACUACUAGAGUACCUCCAGCCUCAGUAUUCUCUACCACCGUCUUCUUACUUCACCAGCACUGCCAUACCAGACAUGUACGAGAGGGUGAAGGACGUCGUGCUGACCCACCUGAAAGAAGCAGAAAGUGGGGUUGUCCACUUCACCACUAGUAUUUGGGUCAGUAGCCAGACCAGAGAAUACUUGACCCUUACGGCCCACUGGGCGACGUACGAGUCAAGCGUGAGACCCCAGGGUCAGGACUUUCACUGCUCCGCUCUCCUAAGUGUCUCCCAAAUCGACUGUGAUCACGAUAUGCAUGACAUCCCAAAGCAGCUGGAGUAUCUGUGGGAUUCCUGGAUCACAUCAUCAGGGCUGAAAAAGGGGUUCACUGUAACCGAUAACACCACCAUCAGAAACACCUUGGAGGACUACAGCCACGUCACCAUGCAGUGUUUCGGACACACCAUAGACCUCAUUGUUAGCGAAGCCAUAAAGAGCCAGAGAAUGGUUCAGAACCUUCUGAGUAUUGCGCGGAAGAUCUGCGAGCGCGUGCACCGCUCGGCGAAGGCCAAGGAGAAGCUGACUGAGCUCCAGAGGGCCCAUCAGCUGCCAGAGAACCCACUGAUUCAGGAUGUCCCUUCCAAAUGGAGGACCUCCUUUUUCAUGCUGGAGCGGCUGGUGGAGCAGAAGAAGGCCAUCGACGAGAUGUCGAUCGAGUGCAAUUUCAGGGAAAUGAUCAGCUGUGAUCAGUGGGAGGUGAUGCUGUCUGUCUGCAAUGCACUGAAACCUUUCGAAGUCGCCUGCAGGGAGAUGAGCAACCGCACUGCCACUCUGGGUCAAGUGAUCCCGCUCGUUCACAUCCUCAACAGGAAGAUAGACCUGCUGUUCGACGAAACCGUGGGCAUCGACAACAUGCUCAUGUCUCUAAAGGAAGCCAUGGUGAGCAGAAUGUCCGCGACGCUGCACGACCCACGGUACACCUGGGCGACCAUGCUGGACCCGCGAUACAAGACGUCGCUGUUCACAGAGGAAGAGGCGGAGCGAUGCAAACAAGACCUGAUCGGGGAGCUGGACACGUCCUCUUCUACCUCACCUGCCGCAAAGCCGCCGCUGCACAACGGCUGCAACGAGGCCCCCGUGCCAUCCAACCCAAACAAAGACAACCUCUGGUCCCUGAUGGCUGACAUCCGACAAAAGAUAAAACACGAGGAGAAGCCAAAGUCCUCAGAGCUGGCCGUGCUGGAGUACCUUGAGGAAGAUAUACUCGAUCAAAGCUGUGACCCCCUCGACUACUGGAACCUGAAAAAGUUCCUGUGGCCUGAUCUUGCCAAAGUAGCCGCCCGUUACGUGGGCUGCCCUCCCAGCAUCGUCCCAGCAGAGACACUGUUCAGCACUGCCAGUGUCAACUGUGCCCUAAAUCAACACCGGCCUUUACUGGAAAACAUGGAGGGUCUGCUGUUCCUCAAGGUCAACCUCCCGUUGAUUUAUUUUCAGUACUGAUUUCUGUUGAGCACUAACUUGAAACCCCUUUAUCAAGGACCAAGUUGCAUAGCUGUGAAAUGGGGCUUUCUGUUGGGCAAAAAUGUAAAAUAUUGAUUUAUACACUGAUUGAUUCUCACUGCAAAGGCCAGAUUUGGAGGAUUUAUUUUAUUGUGUACUACUGUUAAACACUUUGGAGCUGUUGUGAUGAAAAGUCUCAGACAAAAGUGUAUCAGGGAGGGAGGGUUUUUUCUAGCUGUAGGGGUUGGUGAUAAUGUGUUUGCUUGUUAAUUGAUGUUUUUUUUUGUUUUUUUCUGUGUCUACUCUCUCCUUGUGCCUUAUCCAAAACUACUUCAGGUCAAAAUGCUGUAAAUAUUUUUGUUAAAUUACACAGAUCACGUCAGGACACUUUUUGAUUAUUGUGUAUUAAAGAUGGAUGCAGAGUUGUUUUCUGAAUGAAAACAUGGCCCAAAAAUAAAUGCUGUGACUGAAAGAUGUUUUAAGUUAAUGUUAUUUAAUUUUCAUUGUGAAAUUGUGGCUCAUGGUACUGUCGUUUAGAAAUAGAAUCUUUUUUUUUUUUUACUUGCUGAAAUGUUUUUAAUAAGAUCCUGUAUAAUAUUGCUGUAUUUUCAGAAUAAGCAGUUUGUUUGGAAUAUACAAUUUGUCUCUUAAGCACAAUUUUAAGUUUAUGUCCAGGGGAUUAAAUUAUGGGUUUAUUAUUGAGUAAAAAUUGUGUACUGUACAUUUUUUUUUAUAUGAAAUGACUUCUGAACUAAUUUGAUAAAUGUUUUAGCAUCGAGACUGAAACCACGCAAAUUUUUUGGUCAUUUUUAAAUAAAGGUUUUCCUUAUGCAA